AUCUGACCCUAGGAGAUACUACUCUGCCUUGGGCAGCGAUGACCAGCCUACUGGCUACACCUUCUCCUGAAGAACUGAUGACCACACCAGUUCUUCAGGUCCAGGAGACCCUGUCCCCACAAGCUGAAGAGGCCAGCACAGCACUCAUUGCAGUUGUUAUCACUGUGGUGUUCCUCACCCUGCUCUCCGUGGUGACCUUGAUCUUCUUUUACCUGUACAAGAACAAAGGCAGCUACGUCACCUACGAGCCUGCAGAAGGCGAGCCCAGCACCAUCCUCCAGAUGGAGAGUGACUCAGCCAAGGGCAGAGAGAAGGAAGAGUACUUCAUCUAAUGAUCCCCAGACUGGAGGGCCCGAUUCUUGGCUCCAGCGCUAACACACUGACUCUAAUUAGGGAACGUUUGCUCUGAAGCCAGUGAAUGGCAUUGAGUGAGAUGGCAAAUCUACUCACAUCACAGGACACAGUCCCCAAUACCAGCAUCAGCGACUCCAGGGUCCAGGGACACAGAGAAAGCUGCUUAUGACACCUAUAGCCGGGCCUUGGUAAGGAUAGUGUUCACACCUGGCCAACAACGUGGGGCUGUGCCUGAGUUGGAAGGAAGAGUUGGUGGAAGGAGGUCACAGGCUGGUCCACUUUGUCCCCUCCCUAGUUGCCUAGUGAUAGCCUCAGUGUAGCUUCCUAGAGGCUAGAUAACACAGGAAAGGAUCAGGCCAGGAGGGAUAGACUUCUCAAUGUUAGCUCCUUUGAUCUGAGUCCUACAAUUUCCCCCAGCCAACUCAAAUUUACAGUUUUUUAUCCAGAUUAAACCUAUGAAAGUCAAGAUUUUCAUUUACAAGAAUUAAAUUUUGCCUUGUUUUUUGUUUAAACGUUUUAUAGCAUUAUCUCUGCUUAUGUAACUCUUCUACAUGUGUUGUCUCUCAUUAAGAAUUCUUGAGAGAAGUUCUGAAGUCCCCACAGAACUGUCUCAGGGGUUUGUCCCAGAGAAGCAUCAACUGUCCCAUCAGAAACACAUGAGAACCAAGUGGAUUUGACCUUAAUCCAGGCAAAGGCCACAAUUUCCCAGAAUCCUGUGUAUAUAACAGAGGGAGCCAGGAAAAACCUGGCCACCCAAAUUUCCCACCAAUAAGGCUUUUUUCUUUCUUUCUCAAGACAGGGGUAUCCUGGCUGUCCUGGAAUUCACUCUGUAGACCAGUCUGGUCUCAAACUCAGAGAGAUCUGCCUGCCUCUGCCUCCCAAGUGCUGGGAUUAAAUGAUGUGCACCACCACUGCCUGUCCAGGCUCUUUUCAUCCCAAAUCCCUUGGAUACUCUACAAUUAAGCUAGCCUUCAUUCUGAGGUAUUAAACUCUUGCCCAAGAUUAGCAGUGUAGAGUCCAGAAGCUUCAGUGCAUUGGUCGGUUGGUUUUGCUUUUUGGGUUUUUUUUUUUGAGACAUGGUCUUGCUAGUUAUCCCAGGCCGACCUCUUUCCUGUCUCUAAAGUCAUGGGAUUGGCCAGCUUGUUUUCAGUAUUUCUCCACAUUUUACUUUGCAUACAGACUGCUAUAUUAAGAUCUUUUCCUUGAGGAAAACCUUAGAGGAAGUGAGAACUUACUGCCUGGACUAGAGUGGCUUUAAACUCACAGGGGCCACUUGGCUCUGCCUCCCCACUACUGGGAUUAAAGUUGAGCACCAA